AUGAUGAAUUGCCGUCUGCUGUGCGCCCUGUUGGUGCUUGCCCUGUGCUGCUGCCCGUCCGUGUGCGUGACAACGAGUGAAGAUAAAUCUGGUAAAGCUGGAAAAGAUUCCGGUCCAACAGAUUCUAAGCCAGACGGACCAGGUCAUGUGAAGGAUCCACUUCUUAAAACUUCUCCUUUGCCACGGACAAGAGAGGAGGGGGAAGAUUCACAAAAAAUGAAGACUCUUGCGUCACAUACAAAGGGUACAAUAACCAAAACGCCACAGUCACAAAAUACUUCCAAUAUUACACAGAAUCAAGAUGAUGGGGAGUCUAAUGAACAGACAGAAAAUACGGGUACCGUUACGGCAAAUGAACAACGUAAGGAAUCAAAUGCACCAACUACGACAACAACUACAACUACAAGUGCGCCAACUACGACCACAACAACGACAACCACGACGACGACCACUACAACAAAGGCACCAAGUACUACGACUACAGAGGCGCCAACCACGACGACAACCAGCGCACCGUCACGUCUUCGCGAAAUUGACGGCAGCCUCAGCAGCCCUGCGUGGGUGUGUGCCCCGCUGCUGCUCGCCGCAUCCGCGCUGGCGUACACCACUGUGGGCUGA